CUCUCGCGCGAGCGCGUCAUCAGCUUCUUCGCCUUCUCCUUCACGUCGUGGCUGAUGUUCAACCUCUCCCUCUUCGUCGGUCUGCCCACGCUCGCGCUCGCGCCCGCGAAGUUCGCGCUCACGUUCAGCGUCGGAAGCUUCAGCAGCAUGAUGGCGCUCGCGUCGCUCCGCGGCUAUCUCGCGCAGAUCGAACACAUGCUCGCGCCCGCGCGGCUGCCGUUUAGCUCCGCGUACGUCGGAUCGCUCCUCGCGACGCUGUACAGCGCGCUGUACUUGCACAGCUACUCGCUCACGGUGUUGACGUCCGCGGCGCAGCUGUGCGCGCUGGUGUACUACCAGGUGAGCUACUUUCCGAUGGGGUUGGAGGGGUUGAAGAUCGUGUGUAAAGCCGGGUUG